UUAAGGUCAAAAGCCAUAUCAUAGGAGCUGAGGUCAAAUCCGCAAAAAAACAUGUUGCCGCGAUUACGAGGCGUUUAAUUGAAGCUACGUAGACUCCUAGUGGUCAGAGUUUGCACGACAAGAAGAUGAGAGCGACUAGAUGACCUCUGCUAUCGUUGUGAGCCGUCUUGGCCCGCGAUUGGCCAGUAGGUUGAUGGUGCGAGCGGCUGGACCAAUCACACGUGGGGGAGGCACGUACGAAACAUCACCUCAUCGCUCAGCUGGACAUCAAACGCGCCGACACCUCAGCUGGAGGAAGAAGACUUUCAAGUCUCAGCUUUGGCAGCACCCCGGCGCACAGACAGACAUGGGAGACAGCAGUAACAAGAAGUUAAAGAUGGCGAACCAUGACGGAGAUGUGAAGCGGUUUGACGAGGUAUUUCACCAGCUGGUGACGAAACUGAUCGACGAGGACGCAAAAAAUCCUGAGAUCAGCGAUGCGAUGGUCAGGUUCAGACAGGUAUUAGAGUACAACUGUCCAGGUGGGAAGAGGAACAGAGGUCUUAGUGUCAUUACAUCUUACAGGUUUCUUGUCAGCAGUGAUCAGCUGACAGAAGAGAACAUCCACAGAGCCAUGGUGGUUGGCUGGUGCAUCGAAUGGUUACAAGCUUUCUUCCUGGUUCUUGACGACAUAAUGGACCAAUCACAGACCAGGAGAGGGCAGCCAUGCUGGUACAGAGUUGAAGAAGUAGGUAACAUGGCCAUUAACGACGCCUGCUACAUCGAGUCCUGCAUCUACAGACUUCUGGGGAGGUUCUGCAGAGGCCAGCCAUACUAUGUGGACCUGCUCGAGCUAUUCCAAGGGACGACGUACAAGACGAUAGUCGGCCAGUCUCUGGACCUCAUCACGUCUCCGGAUGGGAAGGUCAACCUCAGCAACUUCACGGAGGAGAGGUACAAUGCCAUAGUGAAGUACAAGACAGCCUUCUACUCCUUCCACCUACCAGUAGCUGCUGCUAUGUACAUGGCUGGCAUCACCAGUAAGGAGUCCCAUGAAAAUGCCAAGACAAUUCUUCUGGAGAUGGGCAGGUUCUUCCAGAUACAGGAUGACUACCUGGACUGCUAUGGGGACCCGGCGGUGACGGGGAAGGUUGGGACAGACGUAGAGGAGAACAAGUGCAGCUGGCUGGUGGUGCAGGCACUACGGCUGGUCGACGCCCGGCAACGGACUACACUACAGGUUUGUUUGUUUGUUUGUUUGUUUGUUUGUUUGAGGGAAGGUUGGGACAGACGUGGAGGAGAACAAGUGCAGCUGGCUGGUGGUGCAGGCACUACGGCUGGUCGACGCCCGGCAACGAGCUACGCUACAGGUUUGUUUGUUUGUUUGUUUGUUUGUGGGAAGGUGGGAACAGGCGUGGAAGAGAACAAAUGCAGCUGGCUGGUGGUGCAGGCGCUACGGCUGGUCGACGCCCGGCAACGGGCUACGCUGCAGGAAAACUACGGUCAGAACGACCCCGCCAAGGUUGCCGCGGUGAAGCAGCUUUACCAGGAGUUACGUCUCCAGGACGAGUUUUGGAAAUUUGAGGAGAGCAGCUACUCCCAGCUGAUGCAGCUGAUCAACUCUUCCAGCCUGGACCUGCCGAAGGACAUGUUCGUCGAGUUCGCGCGCAAGAUUUACAAGCGGCAGAAAUAAUAGUUUUAUUUACUUGUAAUAAACAACAAUAAACAACAACUCCUCCCACCAGGACCUGCCCAAGGACAUGUUUGUCGAGUUUGCACGCAAGAUUUACAAGCGGCAGAAAUAAAAGUUUUAGUCUGGUUACACAAAAUGCGAGCAGAUGUUAUUUUCUCUGUCAUUCAUGUAAAGAUUUGGUCUUUUUUUUUUGGAAAACCUCUAUCAGUGUUGGACAAGUUUUCUACUGUUCAUGUGUCGUAUUGGGCAAGCAAUAAAAAUAUUACUUGCCCAAACCAAUUUUCACUUUCUUGAAGUUUAUAGGACAUUUUUCUGUGUAUUUUCACUUCCAGCAAUGAAAUUCUUUCAUUAUUGGCUCUAUUUUUCUGUGUUGUACUUGAUGCCAUGACUAUGAAAUGUAACUAGUAUUAAAGUCUUAGCCUUAAAAAAUCUUACUUGCCCGAUCGGGUAAGUGUGGUAGGACAUGCGCUUGCCAGAUCGGCACUUUCGCUUGGCCAGGACUAGUGGACAAGUUUAACCCAACCCAGCAUCAAAAAUUGCACAAAGCUAUGUUUUCAGAAAAUAUCAAAUGUUUAUAUGAAUGACAGAGGAAAUUUCAUUCCGCCGGAUGCUUAAAGAUUUCAUGCAAAAUUUAUGACAGUCUUUGUAUACAGGUUGUUGUAAAUGUAUUUAAGACUAAGUCCAAAAGUGGAGCUAGAAAAAAUUGAUCUUGAUAUUAAAAAGCAAUUGUCUGUAUCGAUUUACUUAGGGGUAAUUUUAGUGUAACUUUGAUGUUAUGUAAUUAAGUUAUGAUUAUAACAGUUUUUAUCAGUAUGAACAGAAAAGCCAGCAACAUAGAUGUACUUUCAAAUGCUAUAUCGGGUGUACGUAAAAUUUAUUCAAUGUAAAAGAAAAUUAAAAUGAACCAUAGUUAAUACAA